CAAACUCUAGAAUAGUAGGGCAGUUGAUGUAUCAAACACAUGUGACUUUCUUUGCUUUUCUUUGCUAAUCCAAUCAAACUGCUUCAUCUUUAUACAGUGUUUCAAGAAAAUAGUUACAAACCGGUAAGAAAUAUACUAGUUUAAAUAUUUAUUUUUUUACGAUUGUUAAUAUUUUCUCUUUAUUACAUGAUAAAAAUCCAGGACACAAUUUUAAAAUGAUAGCAAAAUAGCUGAUAGCAAACAUUUUUUAUGAUAUCGAGGAUUAGUUAUAUUUAAUAUGCAGUUUAUAAUAAUACAAAUUCUAGGUUUGUAAACUUUUAUUCUUUUAUUACUUUGUAAAAAUGUAAAUUUUUAAUUUAGCGAGCCUUUUAUAUUACGGAGUCGAGUGUUUAAAUUUCGAGAACAAUGGAUAUACGCCUUUUCUGGAAAUGUCAUCGGGCAGUUUCUCUUCAAAUAACAACAUUAAAUGCCCUUCAGCCCCUGAUAUUUGCCAUUUAAUAAUAAGCGAUCAAUAUACAAAUACGUCUCAUUUUGGAACCACUUUUGAGGAUUGUAGAAUAUGUAUAAAAGACUUUCAUUUGGAAGCUAAUAAUCUUAAAUUCAUUAAUUCAUCAAUAUUAAUUUUUUCGCAUGAGAAUAAGUCAUCAUUAACUCUUCGUCAAAGUCUUUUAGUGAAUUCUCGAGUAAUCUUAGGACCCGAUUGUUUUUGGAAUAGUUCGGAAAAUUGUUCGCAUAAUUCUAUAGCCUUAACAUUACUGGAUACAGCUAUGAUUGAAGCUGGAACUGUUAUAAAAACGAAAAAUACUAUUAAAAGUGUCCACGUUUCUUUUAUUAACACAACUAUUGAAAAUACGCAAAAUUUCUUAGACUUUGCUAAUUAUAAUCACCUUUCCUUAAAUAUUUCAAGUACUGUUAUAAAGAAGGCUAUGGCACUUUUAAACGUUAUUCGGGUGUUUAAUAAUGAUUUUUCUCAAGCUUUUAUCAGUAUAACGAACAGUAUCUUUGAAAAUAGUACUAGCAGUUUGGGUGGAAUUAUACAUAUCCAGAAUAAGGAAAAAGGUAGAUUUAUUCUACUUUUGGAAGAAUGUAUAUUUAGAAGGAAUAAGGCUGUGGUAGCUGGUAGCGUUGUGCAAAUAGAUUCUCUAAAUUUAUCGGAUAAAUCUAUUAUUCGUGUGAAAUCAACGACAUUCAUUAACAAUACUAAUCAAGAGAGUGCGGCUGCUAUUUAUGUUUACGGAGCACAGAUUGAAAUAGAUCAAACGAAAUUCUUAAAUAAUCAUGUUAGAUUGAAUUCAAAAGGUUUAAUACAUAGAGGAUCAUUCCCUACCCCAACACAGAGACAGGGAGCUGGUGGAGCUAUAUAUGCUCAUAUAACUAGUCGAGUGAAAAUAACUAAUUGUAUUUUCAUUAACAAUACGGCAACUUGGUUCGGAGGUUCAAUAGCUGGUGAGGGAGAAUUAACAAUCAAAGAUAGUGAAUUUGAAAAUGGUGACUCUUUUGAACACGCUACAUCAGGAGAUAUACUCUUUUUAAGCGGUAAUUGCAUCCUCUCCAAUAUAACUUUCAGAGUUAAAUCUACGGCAAACAAUCUUGCAAUUAUCUGGUAUAGCAGUCCUGGAGAUAGCUAUCUAACAGGGGAGCAGGAUAUAAAAGUUUCCUGUCCAGUUGGAUCCAAACUGAGAACUGAUACCUUACCUGAAAUAUUCAUAAGCGAAACACUUUCUAUAGUUUAUAAGGAUUUUUUGCUCUUUUGCGAUCCUUGUCCAGAUCAAACAUAUAGUUUAGACGGAGGAACUCUUUUUGGAAGUCUAUCUAGUAAAAAUUUGACUAUUACACCAACUGAUUGCAUCAGUUGCCCUUAUGGUGGUUCUUGUUCUCGAGGUAAAGUGGGUGCUAAUGAAAACUUUUGGGGAUUUAAGAAAAAGAAUAAAAAUGAGAUUAAGUUCAUUAAUUGUCAGGAUUCGUAUUGUUGCACUAAAAAAAGAUGCGAUAGCUACAACGAAUGUGCCCCAAACAGAGUAGGUCCAUUGUGUGGAGAAUGCAGAGCUGAUAUGUCCGAGGUAUUAUUUUCACCCGAUUGCAGAGAAAAUGAAAAAUGUACUGAUAGUUGGUUCAUUAUAAUUGAAAUUAUUUCGAUUUUUAUCUCCUUCUUAUUCUUUGCUUAUCAAAUGGAAAUUACACUAUUUAUAAUGCAAAGACUACUGUGGGUUCCAAUAACACAUUCAGACGAUGCAGCAAUGGCUGGUUACAUAAAAUCUAUAUUCUAUUUCUAUCAGACAGUACCCUUGGUUGUUGUUUGGAGAAAUAGAGCCGAAUCUGUCAUCAGCACUCAUAUUCAACCAGUUAUUGUUACCAUAAUGAGUUUUGCACCGAUUGCUGCGUUUGUACGAGUCUGCCCUUUUUUAGGUUUAACUAGUAUUGGCAAAUUAAUAUAUACAAAUAGCAAGCUAACUCUCUCUCUAGUCGCCUUACUUUUAUUUGUUUUAUUGCGAUAUAUUUUUGUCAAGCUAAGAGUGCUGUGGAAAAAGAGAAGAAGACGCACUCAGGAAUUAGCUGAGAAUGACCUAUUGUUGGAAGAAAAUCACAAUCCUGAUUUAUGCCCAGAGCCAAGUUUUAAAAUCAGGAUGAUAAUUGCUGCUUUAAAUAUAAUUAUUUAUAACUACGUUAAUGUGUCAACUCUUAUUUUCUCUCUUCUUUCUUGCACAAACGUUGGUCAAGAAAACGCAGUUUUAUAUUUCGACGGUAAUGUCAAUUGUGGAGAGUGGUGGCAAUAUUUUGUUGGAAUUAUGGCAUUCGCUUAUGUUAUACCAUUCUUUCUUCAAGUUAUAAUCUCCAGAAUGUUACUUGAUAGAGAUGUUAUUACUCCAAAGCAGUUUAUGCUAUCGUAUCUAUUCCCGUUACCAAUGCUAAUUUAUUUCGGAAUAAAGCAUGCCAGUUUCAAGGAGUUUAAACAUAUUUUGCAACGAACAAACUCCCAUAUCUCAAUAACAGCUAGAGACAGACCAGAUUUGCUGGAAGAGUUAGAUGAAACAGAACGAUUGAGAGCUCUAUGUCUCUUUGUUGUUGAAGAACCAUUUUUGAAGAAGGGUUAUGAAGACUUAGAUAAGUCACACAAGUAUUGGGAAGGUGUUUUGGUCUUUCGCCGUCUUGUUGUGAUACUUAUGAGAGCUUUUAUACAGGAUCCCUUAUCUUGCACUACAUGUCAGACCCUCGCCUCCCUUGCAUUUUUGCUAUGGCAUCUUCACUUUCGACCCUUUGCUGCAAAGUCUGCACAGAAUUUAGAAACGGCCGGACUUUCUGGUUUGUUGAUAAUAGGCAUAAUGCAUAUGGUUGAAGCAACUUUUAUUGCUUCUGGCGUUCAACCCUCUGGACCUAACAACACCAGAGUCCUUAUUUUCGAUACCAUAGAACUCAUAAUUAUAGCUGCUCUACCUUUAUUGCUUGGAGUAGGACUUGUUUUCAGCAUGCUUGCAAAACUCCUACUUUCUAUUUAUAACAAAAUUAAGGCGGGACAUGGCAAUUAA